AUGUCAUUCCCUCAGUCUGCAGUUAGACAUAAUCGUGAUCAAAAUAGUGUGGUGGAGACAACUGGAAUCGAGGAUGUGGAAUCGAACGUCUUAUUAGAAGUGCUUUUAGACUUUGUUAAAGAUCAAUACGAUGAAGAUCAAGUCGAGGAAGGACAGGAUAUACACCAAUCAUAG